AUGAUUGACAGCAGCACGCUGAUCAUGUUGGACCCAGCGGAACCGGCACACUGCACCGUGUGCUGCUGUACGCUGGCCAACAAAAUCCUCAUGGUGCUCUUCAUGGUGCUGCUGAUCUUCGCCAUCUUGUUUGGAAACUUGGUGACCCUGGCUGUGGUUUUAGGGACCAAACACUUCCACACGCCACAGGGAUACCUGAAGGCGUCCCUCGCCGUGGCUGACCUGGCCGUGGGGACAUUCGUGGUCCCGCUGUCCGUGUACGCCGAGGUCUAUCUCAUGGUGACCGACUCUGCACCAGAGUGGACUUCAUACAACUCGCAGGUGGUGAGUUUCCACCCGUGCAACGUUAUCGGCCCCAUCUUUGCCGGGUGCACCUUGGUCUCCAUCACAACCAUUUUUCUGCUGACGAUGGAGCGGAGCAUCGCUGUGUUGAGGCCGCUGCACAAGGACUCUGUGAUCACUCGGAAGAGAACCACGACCCUCAUCGUCCUCUCCUGGGUGGGGAGCUUCUUCUUGGCCGUGUCUCCGAUGGUUUUCAGCAGCGAGAUCGUGCUGGAGUACAACUCCUGCAGCCGCAUGUGUAACUACGCGCUGGGGGUCAUCGGCGAGUUCCCGAGCCAGGCCUGGAACAUCCUCCUGCUGUUCCCCGCCUUUGACUUCACCCUCCUCGGUGGCACUGUGGUGAUAAACGUCAUCUCUCUGUCCAGCAUCAGGCAGCACUCGAAGCGCAGGAAACACCUGGCUGUGACCGAGUACCAAAAAAAACCCAAUCCCACCUUCUCUGACAUAAAGGCAGCGAAGACCAUCGGGACUCUAACGGUGGCGUUUACAGCAUCGUUCACCCCCAUCGCCGUCUUCGUAGUGGGAAACGUUUUGGGGAAUAAAUGGUGCAACUUCUCCUUUUUGGCCUUCUGGAUUCUGGCCUCCAACAGUUGCUGGAAUGUCAUUAUUUACAGUGUCAGGGAUCAAAAGUUCAGGCUUCGAGCUCACAAGCUCCUCAUGAGAAAGAAAAGAACAUCAGGGCCAGACGCUCAGUCCUGA